AUGGACUCCUGGGUCUGGCCGCCGACGUGCCCGCCCGCCGAUCCAGAGGGGAACCCGCUCCUGGCGCGGUACAUCGCACAGCUACCACUCAGCUGCGAGUACCAGACGCAGAAGGGCGUCUGCAUGUAUACCGCGUCGGUCGGCCCGCCCUUCGAGGUGGGAAACAUCGUCGUGGCCAACUGGUCGGUACCCGGGGCGGACGCGGAGUGUCCCCCCGCCAGAGACUUUGCGGGCGUGACGCGGUAUCCCGGGAAUACGUCGGCCCAGCCGGAACCAUCGCCCUCCUCCGUCCCUGCGAAUUCCUCCUCAACGACACCGCCGCUCUCUCCUUCCCCAUCCACGGACGCAAGCCAGUCCAGAGCCUCCCUCCCCGUUUCUUCAGAGGCAUCGCUGCCCGCUGCGUCAUCCAGUACACCAGCCCCCACGUUCACCUUCCUCUCCAGCAACAACGCCGCAAGCAGCCAGCCGCGGCCGCCCAUUGGCGCAAUCGCCGGCGGUGUCGUCGCUGGCAUCGCGCUCCUCGCCGCAAUCCUCGCAUGUCGGCGCAAACGCAUCCGAAACCGACGCACCGCUAACUCCACAGGUGUCAUUCCCGCCCCGCACUUCGUGAGCUCCUCCAGGGCCUCCUUCGACCCCUACUCCCUGCUCCCCGACACCGCCUCGACGAUUGCGCACUCAGAUGACGCCCCGCCGCCGUCAUAUGCGCUCGCACACAGUCCCGUCGGCGGCGGCGCGGGUGAUGUCAAAGGGAACAGCCCUGGUGCCACGGGCGGAUGGCCGGAGGAGAAGAGCCCGGCGCGCGUGCGCGAGAUGGAGCGCGAGCUGCAGUUCGCGUAUCAGUAA